CAGUUGAUAUUUAUUUAUAUUUUUUAUCAGUAAUUUUAGAAAUAGGUGGAAUGGAGUUUUAGUAUAAAUUUGUUAGAGUCAAAUUGUAUUGUUUAAAUUUUAUUUUGGCAAAUGAGAGAAAUAACGCAUCAAAGUUGGCACUCUUUCUGUCGUACUUGUCUCCAGGAAUUGGCAGAAAAGUCAUCGCUAUCGGGUGAAAAGUAUAGACUGCAUGAUAGUGAGGAUCUCGAGAAGCUAGUAAUAGCGCACAGUUCAAUGGCAUUAGCGGAAGAUGUUGAAUUACCCGAGUUCGUAUGUGAUGUCUGUUAUGAGAAGUUGCAGUCUUUCUACGAAUUUUCUUGUAAAAUUAAGCAGUCAAUUUGCAUAUUAUCGGAUAUACUCAAAGACAGCGAUGCCAAUAAAGCCAUCGAAGAGAAUAAUAUGUUGGACAGUGGUCAGGUAAAUGAAGAACACCUGGAAAUUAGUGAUAAUGGCGGUUUGAGGACAGGAACUUACUCAAGUUCACAUCCAACAAAAAGUCGGGACCAACUUCAAAACAUCAUCGAAAACACGGUUGUAAAAGAUUUAAACGAUCCGCUUGAUUCCUAUAAGGACAUGAAGAAUGUCUAUAAUGAGGAAAUCUUCUAUGAAAUUGGAAUCGGACUGCAAAGCAAUAUAAGCAAUAUAAGCGGCACUAAAUCAAAUGCAAAAGAUUGUACCAUCAUAACACCAGAGUCUUCAAAGCAUGAAGAUGCAAUAGAUGAUUUAGAAUUUUCUACAGAUUGUGAAAAUUAUGAGGAUAGAUUAGCGAGUCUAGAUAUUUAUACACAAACGCCAGCUUUGCAGGACAAAGAGGCUGCCACCGACUGUGAUAGAUUAAUUGUAGAACGUACGAAUAAAUCACCAGGGACAUCAGGAAAGGGAAAGAGUGGAAAAUACAGAUUAAAAAAUAAUAAAAUUUCGCCACAUAAAGAAACGAAAAAAACAACAAAAGCAGUUAAAAUCGUGUCAAGAAAGAAAGCCACUAAACAUGGUCAGAGCGAUAUUAGUGGUAUAGCUAAAUUUCAAUGUGAACAAUGUCCUCGCCGUUCAGUUACGUGGGAAAAUUAUGAGGCUCACUUACGCACCCAUCAAGGUCUCAAACCAUAUCUGUGCAACGAAUGUGGUCACAGCUUCAAUAGAGCAGCCCAUUUUCGUGCCCACGUACGUGAAGUUCAUGCACCUGUGACGCUACAAUUUAUCUGUUCCUUCGAGGGUUGCAGCAAAGUUUUCAAACGAGAAGGCUCAUACAAAAUGCACUACCGCCUCAAACACUCACCGGCUUAUGUUAAUCGCGAACCUAAGAAAUAUAUUUGUGAGGAUUGUGGAAGCACAUUCAAAAAUGGAACGAAAUUUAAAGAACAUCGUUAUAAACAUGCACCCGUCGAGGAAUAUCCAUUCAAAUGUAACGAGUGUGGCAAACGAUAUCGUUCGAAACGUACUUAUAAGGAACAUCAGUUGCGACAUUCGGGCAUAAAAAAUUUUGUUUGUCCACAUUGUGGCAUGAGAAAAACUACACAAAAUGAAUUGCGUUCACAUAUUAACUACCAUACAAAAGAGAAACAAUGGCCAUGUUCAAAGUGUCCAAGUGUAUUCAACAGUUCAGCGAACCUGGGUAUGCAUGACCGUAUUGUGCACAAAGGCAUACGACGUUUCGCGUGUAGCUAUUGCAAUCAAAGUUUCGGAAAGCAAGACACUUUAAAGCAUCACGAAAUGCGUCACACUGGCGAAAAACCUCACGGAUGUGAGUUGUGCGGUAAACGAUUUAUUCAAGUGGUUGCGCUACGUGCACACAUGAAGACUCAUAAUAAACAAACCUCACGAAAGUCCAUUAAAAUACCAGAAAGAGAAAAGCCUGAAAUACUUGCGCAAAGCGUUCUGCGAUACGAAGCAGAAGGCAUUGUGGUAAAAAUAGAUUAAAAUAUGUUGUUGUUAUGGAAACUAUAAUUGUGUUUCUACAAUUUUUUGUACAAAUAAAUUAAACAUUUGUAUUUGAA